CAUAAGGAUCUAAGUGGUUCGCUUCCGAGAUUUUAAUUAUUCAAAGUGCAUUAUAAGACUUCAGGGUGCAGACCGUCGCCAUUGAAACUCAGAAUUGAAGAACAGUAGAGAGAGAGAAUAUGGCUCCCAACUUAGAGCAGGCCAAAGCACUGAAGCCUUUCCUUCCUUCCCUGAGCAAUGAAUUGACCGUCCCCAGCGCCUUCAUCCGCAACAAAGCAGAGCGGCCAAAGGUGGCGCACGAUGCAUUCUCCAACGACGUCCCCGUCAUCUCCUUUGCUGACAUCGACUCCGCCGACUCCGCCCGCCGCUCCGCCGUCUUCGAAAACAUUGUGGAUGCCCUGGAAAACUGGGGCAUCUUCCAGGUGAUCGACCACGGCGUGGACCCAACGCUGGUUUCCUCCAUGGCCGACCUCUCCACUCGCUUCUUCCAGCUCCCUGCCGAAGAGAAGCUCCGGUUCGAGAUGACUGCCGGCAAGCACGGAGGUUAUAUAUUCAGCAACCACAUGUUCGGCGAGGAGAUUGAGAACUGGCGCGAGUUCUUCACCUUCUUUUCAUACCCCGUGGAGUCUCGUGACUCUGCCAUGUGGCCAGAGCAGCCGAAGGGGUGGCGGGAGGUGGUGGACCGCUACUGCGAGGCGAACAUGAAGUUGGCGUCGCGAAUUCUGGAGGUUCUGUCAGAGAGCAUGGGCUUGGAGAAGGGCGCCUUCAAGGAAGCUUGCUUGCACAUGGACCAAAAGGUUCUGGUGAACUUCUACCCAAGGUGCCCACAGCCAGAGCUGGCGCUCGGUCUCAGGCGUCACACCGACCCGGGCACCAUCACCAUCCUCCUUCAGGACCUCGUCGGCGGCCUGCAGAUCACUAGGGAUGGCGGCCGGACUUGGCUCACCGUCAAGCCCAUCGACGGUGCCUUUGUCAUCAACCUCGGAGAACAUGCUCGCUGCUUGAGCAACGGGAGGUUUGCAGCGGUGGAGCACCAAGUGGUGGUGAACUCAAAUUCCAGCCGUCUGUCGAUCGGCGCGUUCCAGUACCCGGCACAGGAUGCCCUUGUCUACCCACUGAAGCUAUCCGAGGGUGAAAAGCCAUUGAUUGAAAAACCAGUCACCUUCAAGGAGAUGUACACCAAGAAGAUGCAGCGUGAUGUGGACGUUGCCAUGGAAAGGGAAAAGCUGUGAACCAAAGAGCAUGGAGGCUGUUUGUGUUGGAAGUUUCUCAGGCAUUUGCUUAAUUUCCUCAGUCAUUAACUUUGUGUGUGUGUUGUGUGGAUGCACGCACAUGUGGCAACACAUGCGUGCUUAUCUUCUUGUCACUAUGUAUGUGUCCUCAAUGAUCUUCGUGCUUAAAUAAAGACUCGUGUAGUUAAUGAA